GUGACGUCACUUCCGUCUUAUGGCAUACCGGCACGUGUUAAACAACCAACUGUUUACAGUGUUGGUAAAAUCCGGACCUUAGCUCGCUCAUGCAAAAACAGAAACACCGACGGUGCUGUUAGAGGGUGAGUAGAAGUGCAACGAUGCCAAAAGUGAAGAGAUCUAAAGGUGGAGGAGGAGAAAAAAACGAAGGAGCGAUGCCGCUGGCCGACCAGAUCCUACAGGCGGACACGAUCCGAGCUCGAGGCCGGAUGAAGAGCCGAGACACCCGGCCAGAAAACGAGGACAACUACGUAGACGAGCGUUUGUCGCGAAAAAUCUUACAACAGGCCCGAAUUCAACAAGAGGAGCUUCAGACCGAAUAUGGCCUGGCACCAGAGAAGAAGAAAGCACCUGUCACAGUUCUCGGCCCUGACUCUCAGGAUGCGGACUCUGAUGAGGAAUGGCCUGCUUUGGGAGAAGACGCGGGUGCUGGUGAGGGCACCGCCGAGUGUGACACCGAAGUCACUGUGGACCCCGACGAUGAGAAGGCCAUGGAGAUGUUCAUGAAUAAAAACCCUCCCAUGAGACGAACCUUAGCGGAUAUUAUCAUGGAGAAGAUCACGGAGAAGCAGACGGAAGUAGGAACUGUGAUGUCAGAGGUGUCGGGGUGCCCCAUGCCCCAACUGGACCCCAGAAUAAUAGAGGUGUACAAAGGUGUGGGUAAGGUUUUAUCAAAAUAUCGCAGCGGUAAGCUGCCAAAGGCCUUUAAAAUCAUACCAGCGCUGUCCAAUUGGGAGCAGGUUCUGUAUUUGACUGAGCCCGAGACCUGGACUGCAGCUGCCAUGUACCAGGCUACCAGAAUAUUCUCCUCGAAUCUUAAAGAGCGAAUGGCUCAGCGAUUCUACAACUUGGUGCUGCUGCCCCGCGUUCGGGAUGACAUCGCAGAGUACAAGCGACUCAACUUUCAUCUCUACAGCGCACUGAAGAAGGCCCUGUUUAAACCAGGAGCGUGGUUUAAAGGCCUCCUGCUCCCCCUGUGUGAAUCUGGGACGUGCACUCUCAGGGAGGCCAUCAUCAUCGGGAGCAUACUCACAAAGUGCUCCGUCCCGGUGCUGCACUCCAGCGCUGCAAUGCUUAAGUUGGCGGAGAUGGAGUACAACGGUGCCAACAGCAUUUUCCUGCGUCUCUUGCUCGACAAGAAAUACGCCCUGCCUUUCCGUGUGGUGGAUGCCUUGGUGGCUCACUUCCUGACCUUCCGCAGCGAGAAACGCGUGCUUCCUGUGCUGUGGCACCAGAGUCUUCUCACCCUGGCCCAGCGCUACAAGGCCGACCUGGCCUCCGAACAGAAGGAAGCCCUGCUGGAGCUGCUCAAGAUACAAACGCACCCUUCCAUUUCUGCGGAGAUUCGCAGGGAGCUGCAGAGAUCCGAGUCGAGGGAUAUCGAAAUCGGGGUCCCGGUUACAGUUGAAAUGGAUUAAGUCCGUCUGGUUUGCUGCGUCAUUAUUCAUGGUCCCCCAGAAUGAAAUGACUUUAGCGCUGCUGUUUUAUGAGUAGAGCUCCAAAGAUCAGAGUGUGUCCGUGGCUCCCCAGAGCUAUACUUCUUUCCCCCUGUUUUAAGAGGCUUUCCCAUGUAAAAAUAUUCAUCAUUACUGGUGUGGCUGCAGUUUCAUAGGACUUCUAUGAGCUUUUAGACACAAAGACUUCUUUUUGUGUACAUUGCACAUUCGGUAUUGAAAUAAUAAAUUGUAUUAAACAUUCAAACAGUAUGCUUAAAAGUUGGUUUGUGAUUUUCCAUUUUGUCUUUGCACCUACCAGCUAAAAGUGGAAACU